AAAAUAAUCUCUCCAAUGAAGAUAUGAUACUAACCUGUUUGUAAGCAUGAUUGGAUUAAGUAAAAGAAAGACAAUGGCUAUCAAUAGGGCAGGAAGACUUUGAUCUGGCGCAGGCAGGGGGGUUGGGGGAACACCCUGCCAUACAAAAGCUGCGCUUCUCCACGACAGGAAGGCAUUUGAGUUUGGAAAAACAGUCAAGUAAAAGACACACAUGGGCUUUUUGAAUAAACUCGGGCCCGCUUCACGCUGCUGCUGUUUGUUGUGCUGCGUACUCGUGAGUGAGGUUCACGGGUGGGGGGAGGAUGUGCAACUGUGGUUGCCCGGUGUGUUGUUUGCCCCGAGUUUUCCUGGGCUGGACCUUAACCAGGUAGAGCCGUCACGUUUUUUUCCCCUCUGUGUGUGUAUUUGUGUGUGUGAGACAGCGCAUCGGAGGGGCCUUUUAUCAACAUGAUUGACAUGCAUACAUGAGUGGUUAGGUUACUGAUUACAGGUGAUGUUAUAGUUUGUUUGUGAUAAGACUCGACCUCCAGCACAAAGUCCUGCCAGGUACAACAAGCCUGCAGGCGAUUUGUUCACAUCACUUCCAUCCCUUUUAGGACCACUGCUGCUUCUCAGAUUGCUUGAAAACACAGCAGCAUCAUGAGCGUAGAGUCCAACAAGCCGCCGCGUGAUUCUUGCUGCUCCAAGCUCAAGCUCUUUCUGGCCGCGAUGGCGUUUGUGUACUUCGCCAAAGCUUUUGGUGGCGCAUACAUGAAGAGCUCCAUCACCCAGAUUGAGAGGCGCUUCGACAUUCCCAGCUCUCUCAUUGGGGUCAUAGAUGGCAGCUUUGAAAUGGGGAACUUGUUGGUGAUAGCCUUCGUGAGCUACUUUGGGGCUAAACUCCAUCGUCCCAGACUGAUUGCGAUCGGCUGCUUAGUCAUGGCAGUUGGCUCCUACCUCAUUAGCCUCCCUCACUUUCUGCAGGGCCCGUACAAAUAUGAGACGAGUAUGACUCCCAGUUCUGCUAUCAAUAGCACAGAGAGCAUUCUGCCAUGUUCGUCCAAUCACAGUUUGACCGAUGUGGACGACAUACCCGAUUUAACAGCCCGAGCAGAUUGUGAGAAAGCUGCUGGUUCAUCUAUGUGGAUUUAUGUGUUCCUGGGAAACAUGCUGCGAGGGAUCGGUGAGACGCCCAUCAUGCCUCUGGGAGUUUCUUACCUGGAUGACUUUUCCAAAGAAGAGAACACUCCUUUCUACUUGGCCUGCAUCCAUACAGUGGGAAUCCUGGGCCCCAUGUUUGGCUACAUGAUGGGAUCCUUCCUCGCCAAGAUCUACGUGGACGUUGGAUUCGUAAAUUUAGAUAGCGUGACCAUCAAUUACAAGGACUCCCGCUGGGUUGGGGCCUGGUGGCUGGGUUUCAUCGCUACCGGCACUAUUAUCUUGCUCUCCAGUAUCCCCUUCUGGUUCCUACCCAAGUAUCUACCCAAGCAGGGGAAGGAGAAGGAUCAAAGUAAAAGUCUGGAGCUCGCCACAGAGGCAGAGCAGGAUAAUUUCCUCCCGGACCAGGAACACGAAGAGAAAGAAGCGACAUUCCAGGAGAUGGCGAAAGAUUUUAUUCCAUCUCUGAAGAGACUCUUCAGGAACAGCAUUUACUCCCUGAUGAUCCUCACCUACUUGGUGGCCGUCAACGGCUUCAUGGGCAUGAUCACCUUCAAGCCCAAGUUUUUGGAGCAAAUCUACGGCCAGUCAGCUUCCAAGGCCAUUUUCCUCAUAGGUAUACUCAAUUUGCCAGCGGUGGCCUUGGGGAUCAUAACUGGAGGUUUUGUUCUGAAGCGUUUCAAACUGGGCGUGAUUGGUGCAGCCAGGGUGUCAAUAACAGCGUCACUUUGCGCCUUUUGCCUGCUGGCCGUGCAGGUCUUCCUUCAUUGCGAGAGUGCAGAAGUGGCUGGCCUCACCGUCACAUAUCAAGGAAUCCCAGACAUUUCCUACGAGCCACAGACAUUGUUGUCACAAUGCAACGCCGGCUGUUCCUGCUCAAUGAAACAGUGGGAUCCAGUGUGCGCUUACAAUGGGAUGACGUAUGCUUCUCCAUGUCUGGCUGGGUGUCAGACCUCCACAGGCACUGGGAAGGAGAUGGUGUUCCAUAACUGCUCCUGUAUUACCGAAAUGAUCAGUCCGAGCCAAAAUACGUCAGCGGUGCUGGGCCAGUGCUCCAGGAAGAGCAACUGCGACCGGGUCUUCAAAAUCUACAUGGCUCUGUCCGUGGUGGGCUCCUUCAUAUCAGCGUGCGGAGGCACCCCGGGCUACAUCGUACUCCUCAGGUCCAUACAGCGAGACUUGAAGGCUCUGGCUUUAGGAAUGCAGACGCUGAUCGUAAGAACUCUGGGUGGGAUACCUCCUCCGAUAUAUUUUGGGGCCCUGAUUGACCGGACCUGUUUGAAAUGGGGUACCAAGCAGUGUGGAGGCCGCGGCGCGUGUCGACUUUAUGAUGCCGACGCGUUCAGGUGGACAUUCAUGGGGUUGAUCAUUGGUCUGUACCUCUUGUCGAACAUGAUGUGGGGAGGCCUGUAUCGCAAACUUGUCCAAAGGCAGAAGAAGUUAGCAUUGAGGGAGCAAGCCAAAGAAAAAGGACUCGAGGAGAACAGAGUGAAUGGACACGCUAAUAUCAAUAUUGCCCAAAACAAAGACAACACAGACAAGGAAAGUACCAUUUAACAAAUGCCCCAAAAGGUAUUUUCGGAUCCUCUUAUCUGUUAUUCGCUGAAAAAAAAACAAAACAAAACACUGAUUUGCUGUUUUGUGCGCAAGACCAAAGUGCUGCUUUGGCUCCAUCUUUUGGCAUCUCAGUCGUAGUUUUUAGCUGCCCUCUUGUGGCAUCUAUCUGUUAUUACAAGACAGUAUCAACCUUUUUUGAGGGGCUGCUGUUACUUCACUGAACUACUUUAAGUCAAAGUGGACUAAGUAACUCUAACAAGAGCUUCUUUUUAUGUUUUGUGUUUUGUAUUGAAAAUAAUUGUACCGGGGAAACGAGCAAAGUGAUAAAAUAUAACAAAAUGGGGAAGUGCGAGCGAUCAGAAUUGCGCCAUACCAUUCAGUUACAGCUUCUGACUUGCUGUGUGUCAUUGCGCACAGAUCUGUUACAUCACAUCAUUAUACAGACCCGAGUGAGUCAAGACUUCUGGAACAGUUUGAUCAUCACCGAGCAUUUAUGUAGCCUCAUUGAUAAUCUCGAAUAUAUAUCUUUAGUCAAGUGUAUUUGUAUAGUGACAUCCCUUUAUGUUUUGUACGAUUGUAUGAAUUGUUUCACAGUUUUUUCCACAUUGUUUUUAAUUUCAUCAUAAACGUACUGGCCCACGAAAUGAGACGCGCCAUCAAACUUUGGCACAUUUGGUUUGUUUUGGCUUUGUCUUCUUAAUUUACUUCAUGAUAAUUUGUUAAUGGCCA